AUGAGCCGCAUGACCACAGACGCUGACAACAACAUCGUGCUGUCCCCGGAGAAGCCCACGGCAGCGGUGGUAUUCCUGCACGGCCUUGGAGACACGGGCCACGGCUGGAGCGACGCCAUGGCGAUGCUUGCCAAGGGUUUGCCACACGUAAAGUUCGUGCUGCCUACGGCUGCAUCCAUGCCGGUGACUCUCAACAUGGGAAUGCGCAUGCCUGCAUGGUACGACAUCAAGUCGCUGGCUCGCGUGAAUGGCGACAACGCUGACGGCAUCGACGCCUCUCGUGACCGCAUCAUGGAGAUCAUCGAGAAGGAGGUUAAGGCAGGCAUUCCACGCUCACGCAUCGUAGUGGGCGGCUUUAGUCAGGGCGGCGCAGUGUCCUACUUCACGGGCUUCCAGACCAAGCAGCCGAUCGGCGGCAUCAUGGUGCUGUCGUCGUUCAUCCCUCGUGAAAAGGAGUUCAAGUUUGCUCCUGAGACGGCUGACGUGCCUCUGCUAAUUUGUCAUGGCAACGCCGACUCGCGGGCUCGAUACGAGUGGGCACUAAAGUCCAAGCAACGACUGACUGACGCUGGAGUCAAGGACAUCACGUUCCACACGUACCCGAACAUGGACCAUACGUCGUCUCCACAGGAAAUCAAAGACAUUCGAGCCUGGCUGGGUCGUGUACUCCCAGCUAUUUCAUCAAAGCAAGAACUGUAA